AAGCUCUCUGCCUUAUACCACUACCACUACUUCGUCACACACACUCCCUCCUCACGCUCUCUCUCUCUCUCGCGCUCUAGCUCCCAACCCUACCUCUUCAACUACCGUUUUCCUCCUUCCAGUUCGUAUGUCUCUUCAAUCUUGGCCAAUUUAUUCCUCCAUUAUUCUAAGAUCACCAAUCGCUACGAGCCCAUCCGAAAUCCUAACCGUAGCUACUCGAACUCGUCGUCUGAGAGCACAGCGACGGCGACGACGCGGGUUAGUUCAGCCGGUGGAAUCCUUCAUUGACACUUCUCUCUCUGGUCUGCUUCGUCGAACUUCAUGUCGCGCCAGCUUUCUUGAAAUGGCGACGUCGAACCCUUUCCAUUUGCGAGGUGACGAUGCCGAGGACUCCUCACGGCAAAUCGCCGCGGCGGCAGUGGCGUCUCCACUCAAGAAGGGUUCAGCUGCGGCGGCUCAGCGGCAGCAGCAAACUCAGUUGGCUUCUAAGCCUGUUCCUCCUGCUCAGGCUGGUUUUAGAGAGAUGAGUAUCGAUUUCUGGGAGAGAUUUGUGGGAGUGACUGAAAGAUAUUUAGCUUUACAAGUUCGAUUUAUCUCUUCCUUCUGAUUCUCCGAUCUGAUGAUGUAGGUGGUGAAGAUCUUCGAUUAGAUAUCGGAGAUGGAAAGGAAAAAGCAAGAGGAUAAAGUGAAGAGAGUGCAACAACAGGAGAAACAUUUUAAGCGUGUUAAGUAAGAUCUUCGGAUGAUCAUGAACCCUGCAAGGUGGCAGAUCAUCGACACCUACAUUGAUGGAGUAGCUGCAGCUGCUAGGAAGUGUGAUGUUGGGGAUGAAGAGGAGAGUUAUGAGAUCUGUUGCAGUGAGGUGGACCACAAAGGCAGCAGCGGCAGCGGGACAUGGGGGUGUGGCAUCAAGCUCUGGUAUCCCAGCUACCAUUGCGACGGCCAGAGACGGUAGUCAUGGAUACCACGGUUUUGAUGAUAAGCGGAAAACAGAGAGGGUCGCUGGUUCAGGGGCACUGGGGCAGUAGUUCUGAGAUUCAAAUCUAGGAUUUUACCAGCUUCUAUGGAUGGCUAAUGUGUCGUAAAGGGCCAGAGAAUGUCCGCACUGAACAUGGCCAUGAUGAGCUAAGGAAUGCUUCAAGUCAUGGAUUGCGGCACCAAUUCCAGCAAGGUACAAGCAGCGGUAGGUGUCGAACUUCUUUGCAACCACAUGGUGUAUUUGGAAGCAUAGAAACUGCAAAAUGUUUCAAAGCAAAAGUCUAAAUACAGAAGUCGUGAAAUAGGAGAUAAAGUAUUGGAGCCAAGCUUGGGUGUCGAAUAAAGAAGAGUGCAGGAGAGGAAAAUUUGAAAUCCAAUGAUAUAAUGGACUUGAGGAGUGGAUGAAAUAGAAUACCAAUAUAAAUAGUGUUACUACUGAACACAGUUGGUUGAAGUUCUCUUGAUUGAACACAACUGCUGCAGAGAGAAAGAGAAGAUGGAAGAUAAUAAUAAAGAUAUCAAUAAUUGGCUCGCAGUGACAAGGUCCAGGAAUGGGAAGUGGUGGUACAGUGCUUUUCACAAUGUCACUGCUUUGGUUGGAGCUGGAGUGCUUGGGUUUCCCUAUGCCAUGUCUCAACUUGGAUGGGGUCCUGGCAUCACAGUUUUGGUGCUUUCAUGGAUAUGCACGUUAUACACGGCAUGGCAGAUGAUUGAGAUGCACGAGGCUGAGUCUGGGAAGAGGUUUGAUAGGUACCAUGAAUUAGGGCAAUAUGCCUUCGGGGAGAAACUAGGAUUAUGGAUUGUGGUGCCUCAAACACUCAUUGUGGAUGUUGGUACGGAUAUCAUUUACAUGAUUACUGGUGGAAAUUCCUUGAAGAAGGCCCAUCAGAUUCUUUGCAAAGACUGUAAGCCAAUUAGAACCACUUACUUCAUUAUGAUCUUUGCAAGCCUUCAGUUUUUCCUCUCGCAUCUCCCCAGUUUCAAUUCCAUCAUUGGUGUAUCUAUUUCUGCAGCCGUUAUGUCCAUCUGCUACUCAACGAUUGCAUGGAUAAGUUCGGCUCAUAAAGGUGCCUUACCGGAUGUGAAAUAUGAUGGAAGAUCUUCAACUACGACGGGGAACGUUUUUGACUUUUUUACCGGUUUGGGGACCAUAGCAUUUGGGUAUGCUGCACACAAUGUGUUACUUGAGAUCCAAGCAACAGUUCCUUCGACACCGGAGAAACCUUCAAAGAAGGCCAUGUGGAAGGGAAUGAUUGUUGCUUACAUUGUUGUGGGUUUGUGCUACUUCCCUGUUGCAAUCUUUGGCUACUGGGCUUUUGGAAACUCUGUUACUGAUAACAUCCUCAUGUCUCUCGAUAAACCCCACUGGCUCACCGCCGUUGCUAAUAUAUUUGUCGUUAUUCAUGUCACUGGAAGUUAUCAGGUGUUUGCUGUUCCGGUGUUUGACAUGAUGGAAUCAUUCAUGGUACGGAGAAUGAAUUUCAAGCCAACUUGGUACCUUCGUUUCAUUUCCCGCAAUAUAUAUGUUGCACUUACUAUGCUAGUUGCAAUUAUAUUUCCAUUUUUUGGUGGGCUCCUUAGCUUCUUAGGAGGACUUGUCUUUGCUCCAACCUCAUACUUCCUCCCUUGCAUAAUAUGGCUAGUAGUCUAUAAACCAAAGAGAUUUAGCGGAUCCUGGUGUGCAAAUUGGUUUUGCAUCGUAUUUGGAGUAUUAUUGAUGGUUUUAGGCUCGAUUGGCGCAAUGAGGGAGAUCAUACUGCAAGCUAAGGACUACAAAUUUUUCUCUUGAUCUUUUUUUGCACAAAGUAGGUUGCGUCAACGAUGAUGUUACUCUCGAUAUUAUUCAUCACAUUUAUUCAUCUAUUUCUUUUAGCCCUUUGGUCAAAAUGUCUAGUUAGCUAUUUUAGAAAAACACCUUUAUCAAGUGAAGUAUAUUAUUAGAACAGACUACUUUCAUUUUAAGGAUUUUAAGGGUUUAUUUAGCUUGAGUUUGUUAG